GCGUACGUGACAAGGGAAACUCUACCGGUCGUCGACGUAGGUGCGUGGGACUACUCAUUCAGCGCCAAAGAAAGAUGAAACCCGUCUCUUCUAGAUGACAAUGUUGGACGACGUGGUGUGCCGCGUGCGUAUCGUGGCUCUGGCUUUCUGAUCAUGGCAGGGGUGCCUACCUAUCUACAUAGAAAGCAGGGGUUCCCAAAGGAGACGGCGGCGGCGAGGAGAGUGUAAAAGGGGAGCUAUGGAUAGGCGAGCGAGGAUUUGUUUCAUGAUCUUCCUCGUUUUCUCGUCUUUAGUUUACAUGCCAUGCAGUGAUGCACACCUUUCAGUCAUGGCCUUCCCGUCCCCUCCACACAGGUACCUAGAACCUAGACAGUUGACACCCCACGUAAAGGCGACAACGAGCUUCUGCCAAGGAAUGUGGGAGACACAAGUGAAGGAAUUGGCCUACGGUACAUGGGCGGGCGAAAGUGAGGUACAAGAAAGAAGGGGUGGAGAAAACCUGGAAACAGCAACCGAGGCGGCCCCGCCUGUCAUCUAUCUCAGCCCGUCAUCAAACGUGCCGCCAGCCAUACCACGCGUUCUCGACCCUUGACCUAGCACCAUACCAAAGGUAUACUAAUUAUUGUGAGGGACCGUUGAAGUUGAGAGCGUCGGCCGUUGUCCCCAAUAGGUGAGGUGAGCUAAGCUCGAUUUACCUGACGACCUACGUGUACGACUUCAUGCCGUCCCGUAAGCUGCCUCACUUUGCCUUGCCUGGUAAUAAGACUGGGUGAGAUGGAGCUUAGUUCAUCAAUCAUGUUUCUAAAUCAAGAGUCGUGAGUGUGAGCGAGUUGAGCGAGAAACGGGCUUCUCAAUGGAAGCUACUGCAACUUCCAUCACACGAGAUUCCCGCGUCCCCGUACCUAAAAAUGAAAACGAGAGAGAAAGUUCCCAGAAAUAAAUCAAACUAGACAGGUUGAAGAGCGAAUCAACGAUCCCGAAUGUGCC